AUCACCCGGUUUUUUUCAUAUUUAAAAGUAACACUUGAUUACAAAUCUUACAAACGUCUUCAGGGACACAAAUGGUAUAUUUUUUAAACAUUGUUUGUUCACGUGGAUGGAUGAGACCUGAGAUUGACUAGCAGUUGUGCCUAUUGCAGUAUUAAGUAUGAACUCCAAAAUUCAUCGACUUCAGGCUGACAAAUAUUUACAUUUCAAUAUCUACGAAGGAGGGAAUUCAGUAUAAAUAACAGAUCCCAAUUUAUAUCUCCAGUUCUAUAACAUUCUUCUUUUAAAACCCUCGGAAAAACGUUCAAACAUUUUUUAUUUCAACCAGAUAAUUUUCUUUUCACUCAACUUUUAGUAGAGUGAAACUACUGAUUUUACGUAUAUCUGCACGUUCUACCCACAAAGCCAAGAGCGUCUUCAAAUAACCAAUUUAGGAGUUGCAUAUAAUAGUUUGCGAUGAUAAUUGCAAGAAUUCUUAUCCUUCUGCCUCUUGUAUCUGCCAAUAAACCUCAAUUUCCAUUAGGAAUAGCGGUAUAUGCUAAUCCGGAAUUUGACAUAUGCCACAGAGAUAUGCGUGCCGUAAUGGAAACACGCGACUUGAAGUUCUUCAACUCUGUAAUAGACAAGACGCGGAUUUAUUCUUGGCCUUUAAAAAAUUUCAAGAGCGAUAUCGAGUCUUUACACAACUCGCCAUUAUUCCAAUUGGUUAGAAAAAUGCCAAAAGGUGCAGCUCUCCACAUUCACCACAAGGCCAUGGUUAAUACAGAUUGGCUCUACCUUCAAACAUACAGGACUAAUUUGUACGUUUGUGAUAAACAUAAUCAUCUAUCGCUCAAAUUCUUCAAAACCCCAUCAAACGAUUGUAAUUGGCAAGCCCUAUAUGAACGCAGACGGAAUCCGCUGGUACGUCAAGUUCUGGAAGAUAGAAUUCGGCGACAAAUGACGAUGUUAACGGAAAUUCCUGAUCGGUCAGACACCAACGUUCUCUGGGAAAAGUUUCAGAAUAUCUUCACCUUUCUCAGGUCAUUUCUCAAUUACAGGCCUUUGGCCGAAGAUCAUUUUUAUCAAGGACUUCUAGAGUUGUAUGAAGACAAUGUCAUGUAUGUCGAGGUGCGAUCAGGACUUCAGAAAUUGUAUGAUCUCGACGGGAAGAUUUACACCACCACUGAAACUGUGAAUAUUCUUCAUGAUGUCGUGACAAGGUUCAAAGCAGAUCAUCCUGACUUCAUCGGUGCUAAAAUCAUUUACGCAAAAAGCAGAGACAUGGACCAUGACGAAUUGAGAAGCUUUCUCCAUGAAACUGUAGAAUUGAAAAAAAUGUUUCCCGGAUUCAUCGCUGGUGCAGAUUUGGUGGGCCAUGAAGAUGCAGGAUAUAAGUUGAAGGAUCAUUCUUCACUAUUGUUGGAAGUUUCAAACUGGACAGAUUUUUUCUUCCAUGCUGGAGAAACACAGAACUUUCUGUUGCAACCGACGAAUUUACAAAUAGCUAUCAGGCAUAACGCAAAAAGAAUCGGUCAUGCUUACUCAAUUACGAAGGAGCCGGAUACUUUGAGGGAACUCAAAGAGAAGAACAUUCCUGUUGAAGUCUGUCCGAUUUCGAAUCAAGUACUAGGACUAGUAAGCAAUCUCCGUAAUCAUCAGGCAGCUAUCUUGUUUGCUCUAGACAUCCCAGUAGUCAUCUCUAAUGAUGAUCCAGGACUAUGGGGCGCUAAAGGCCUUAGUGAUGAUUUCUAUAUGACUUUAAUGUCUAUAUUGCCCAUGAAUGCAAAUCUUUAUUCAUUGAAAAAAAUUGCUAGGAACUCUAUUAUCUACAGCACUCUCUCGGAAAAUGAAAAAGCCGCAGCUUUGGAUAGUUACGAGAAGAGAUGGCAGCAGUUUUUGAUAAAUGUCACUAUGCCAUUCUGCGACUACACGCAAGUCAUGUAUUCAUGGUUAACAUUAGAUCGGAAUACCUGGUGACAUCUUUGAUUUAAUUUAAUGCCUGUAUAUUUUCAAACCGGAAAGGUUUGAGGAAAAACAUUAGUGU